AUGAAUAAAUUGUCGACGGAUUUUGCUAAGGUACACGAUGUACAAAAUUCAAGCGAUAUUAUUGAACACGUAAUUACUGAUGUCAAUUACGAGCUUGAUCAGGCAACAAAUGUUGCACUAAGAAAUGAACCACCACGACAAUAUUCUGCAACAAUUAGGCAAGAUUUAACAAACUGGGCAGUACAAUUUCAAAUAUCACAUACAGCAGUUACUGCAUUAUUGUCAAUUUUAAGAAACCAUGGCUUUGAUAACUUGCCAAAAAAUUCUAAAACAAUGCUGGAAACACCAAAAUAUACUAAUGUACGGAGAGUUACACCAGGUGAAUACUUUCAUAAUGGCUUAAGAUCAGGAAUAAUGCAGUUUCUACAGAAAAGUCAAGAUGACGUUGAUUCAGUUUCAGUGCAAAUCAGUAUAGAUGGAUUGCCAAUUUCAAAAUCCUCUACUAAUCAAUUGUGGCCUAUUUUAGGCUCAGUGAGACCCAACCUUUCUGAUAUUUUUAUCAUAGGUUGUUACUAUGGUUCCAAGAAACCGUAUGAUUGUAAUGAAUUUUUGCGUGAUUUUGUGGAUGAAGCAAAAAUUCUAGCUGAAGGACUUGAGUAUAAAGGAAAAUCUAUACGUGUAUCCAUAGAUUCAUUAAUUGCUGAUGCACCCGCAAAAUCUUUUGUAACUGCCACAAAAGGACAUACCGGUUACUUUAGUUGUCCAAAAUGUACAACUGAAGGUGAAUAUAUUAGUGGGAGAAUGUAUUUUCCAGAUAUAAAUUGUACUAGUCGGACAAAUGAAAGUUUCCUUAUACAAAGACAGAUAGAACAUCACACUGGAUCAAGUAUUUUAUCAGAUAUACCGAAUUUUGGAAUGAUAAGUCACAUCCCAUUGGAUUAUAUGCACUUGGUUUGCAUUGGUGUGGUCAAGAAAAUUUUGAAUUUUUGGUUAUCCGGACCAUUAAAUGUUCGACUGCCGGCACAAUCAAUAAGCA